AUGGAGGCGUUCUUGGGGGUUCUGAGUCUUCUAACGAAACCUGAAAUGGGGAUCAUUGAGAAGAUGGCUUUAGAUAAACCCAGGUUGAAGUUGUUCCAGCGUGAUGUGGAAAAGUUCAUUCUACGGCUCGUGAAGUUGGACUCGAUGGAGGAAUUGUUGCAGAAAAGAGCCAAUACAUCGAAACUCACCUUGACUCGUCUUUUGGAUAACUACACAACGUAUUCUAUCACGGGGAGGAUAAGUGGAAGGCCCAAGUCGCUGGACGAUACGGUGUUUCUGAAAAGCAGGUUUGGAAAGAGUCAGCAAAGGCCGAUUUCAGAACCUACGACCUUUAAACCGCCUGUGAAGGAAGAGACUGAUUAUUUGAAGAAAGAGCCGGUUGUAAUAAAACAGGAGACAAGCAGUCAAGUGGAAGAGCUUCAGAGGAGAGUGGAACAAUUAGAAAGGCUUUGCCAAUGGUACGAAGAGAAAAUUGGAGGUGGUAACGACCCAGAACGUGCUGCGUCAUUAGAAAAAUUCAAGAAAGCUUUAGACGAUCAGGAUAAGUUGAUCCAGGAACUACAAAAGAAGGCAGACUUGUCGAAGAAGGUACGCUGGGAACUACCGUCUCCAAACUUAUCCUUUGAAAAAUUACCAUUCAUUAAACAAUACUUGAACCAUGAUCCACAUAACAUUGGCUCAGUUAUUUCAGAUAUCGUUGCCUUGUUCCUUGCAUUCAACUUGCUUCUCAACGUGCUCAAAUUCGUCUACUACUUGGUGCUCUGGUUCCUGUCAGGACGUAUAAGUUACGACGACCCUCUACAACCUCACUACAUGUCGUUUUCAUGGCUCCAGCAGAUCCCGUGGCUAGAAUAUUGGUACUACAACAUAGCCGACUGGCUCGAUAGUUAA